AUGACCUCAAUAGCUACAAGCCUUGCGCGGGUCCUCCCGAAACCCAAGCACAGCUCCGAACAUGAGGAACAACGAACGCAGCAGCGGGGGCCACGAAUUGUUGCCGCAGAUCAAAUCGAUGAGAGGCAAAUCGUAUUGAAGAGAGCCGGGCCGCCCCCGUACCCGAACCGAGCAGGCUGGCGUCCGCGCGCCCCGGAAGACUUUGGCGAUGGCGGCGCGUUUCCCGAGAUCCACGUCGCGCAGUACCCGUGGGGCAAGACCGACGGCUCCUCCAAGUCGAAUGCGCUGGUCGUGCAGGUCGACGCCGAGGGCAAGGUGGACUACACGGCCAUCGCGCGCCAGGGACACAGCGGCGACCGCAUCAUUCACGCGUCCUUCAAGGACCUGAUCCCGCUGCGGCAGCGCGCCGAGGCCGGGGACCUCGACCUCUCGCGUCCCUCCAAGGACGAGGUCGCGGCGACGGCAGAGCGGACGAAAAAUGCACUUGCCGCGCUGGUCAGCGGCGCGCUGGCGGCGCAGAAGCCCAAGAAUGUGAACGUCGGCGGCAAGAGGGAGGCGACGUUUGUGAGGUACACGCCGUCGGCGCAGAUGGGGGACAGCUCCAAGAAGCAGGAGAGGAUCAUGAAGAUUGUGGAGAGACAACGGGAUCCAAUGGAGCCGCCCAAGUUCAAGCACAAGAAGAUUCCCAGGGGACCGCCGAGUCCUCCGCCACCGGUUAUGCACUCUCCACCGAGAAAGCUCACCGCCGAAGACCAAGAAGCGUGGCGCAUUCCACCGCCCGUGUCAAUGUGGAAGAACCCGAAGGGCUUCACAAUUCCCCUCGACAAGAGACUGGCAGCCGACGGCCGCGGACUGCAAGAUGUCCAGAUCAACGACAAGUUCGCCCAGUUCUCCGAAGCGCUCUUCAUGGCCGACAGACAUGCCCGUGAAGAGGUGCGGCAGCGAGCCUUGAUGCAGCAGCGGCUAGCAGAGAAGGAGCGCGCGCAGAAAGAGGAGCAUCUCCGCCAGCUCGCGCAGCAGGCCCGCGCCGAAAGGACGGGAGCCGGCAGGCGGCGGUCGCGGUCGCGGUCGGGCUCCUACAGCGGCUCCGAGUCGGGUUCUGAGACGGACGACUCGGAGCGCGAGCGGCGCGCGGCGCGCCGGGAGAAGAUGCGCGAGGAGGAGCGCAAGCUGCGGCAGUCGCGCAUGGGCGCGGAGCGGCGGGCGCAGGUGCUCGCGCGCGAGAUGAACCGCGACAUCUCGGAGAAGAUCGCGCUCGGGCUGGCCAAGCCCACCCAGUCGGCCGAGAGCAUGUACGACUCGCGCCUGUUCAACCAGUCGAGCGGCUUCGGCAGCGGCUACAACGAGGACAACCCGUACGACAAGCCGCUGUUCGCCGCGCAGGACGCCAUCAGCAGCAUCUACCGGCCGCGGGCGAACGUCGAGGACGACGACGACGAGGCCGCCGGCGACCGGGAGAUGGCGCGCAUCCAGAAGGGCAGCAGGUUCGGGGAGGCCCUCGGCCGGGGCACCUUCAAGGGGACCGAGGAGGCCGAGGCGAGGGAGGGCCCGGUGCAGUUCGAGAAGGACACGACGGACCCGUUCAACGUGGACAAGUUCCUGUCGGAGGUGUCGCAGGGGGUCUCGUCGUCGUCGAAGCGCGGGUAUGGGCUGCAGGAGGAGGGGGAGAACUCGCGGCAGUCCAAGAGGAGUCGGGUGGAGGAUGAUGAUGAGUGAGGUGGUGACCACCAGAUCAGGCUGUGGUUGUAUUUUCAGAGGGCGGUAUCACCACUUUCCUCGGCCUUACGGCGCCCGGGUCUCUAUAAUAAACACCCUCCCAUGCAC